AUGGCAAAAUUAAGUUGUGGCGCGAGAUGUUUGAAAUUUUGCCUCUUCGUUUUUAAUUUAAUUUUUUUGUUAUGUGGUUUUGUGUCUGUUGGCAUUGGUACUUGGCUUGUAUUAGAUCAGUAUGCAGUGGAUAAUUUGGCAUUUGCAAGUCAGCAAAUCCAAGUGAAUGAUGAUAAAUUACGAGAAUUGGCAUCGAAGCCAGCUGCUGUACGACAAAUUGGAUUUUUGUUGAUUAUUGGUGGCAUAAUUGUCAUUGUCGUAUCAUUUCUGGGAUGUUGUGGAGCAGCUAAAGAAUGGCGAUUACUUCUGUGUUGUUAUGCAACAUGUUUGAUGAUCAUUUUGGCAACACAAAUAGCUGCAGCGAUAUACGCCGUAAUGCACAGUCAUAUGUUUGAAAGAGAUUUUCGACAAGUUUUAAAAGCAUCACUAAAAUUUUACAAUGGGACAGAUACUGUAAAAAAAUUAUCUGACGAUACAAUGCUAAUGAAAGCAGCUUGGGAUAAAAUUAUGACUGAGAAAUCAUGCUGUGGUGUAGAUUCUAAAAUUGGAGAUUUCAAUGAAAGUGGUUGGUACCAUUUAACAGGUCGAAAGCACCAUUUUCCACCAGCAUGUUGUCCACCAAAUGAAUAUGAAUCAGUGCAAGCUUUAUCAAGUCAUUUUAAAAUAGUAGCUUGGACUGUUAUCACUAUCGCACUUAUACAGAUAUUCGGUAUAACAGUAGCAUUUUGUUUAUGCAACGCUAUCGAUAGCAAUAAUAAAAAAAAUACUAUUAAUAGAGCAGAUGACGUUUUAAAUAAUCCACUAAAAACUACUUCAUACACUAAGUUAAAUCAAUCUCCAGAAGAUUAUUGA